AAAAGAAUGAGGUGUUUUCUGUCAACACGCCGCCUGAAAUGCCAUUGGCUCACACAGAUGUCCAUCGCAGUGGUUUUUCCUCUGGACAGAAAAGCAUCCGCACUCCUGCUGCUGUCAGCAGUGUUGCAGUGUUGGUAAAUGCAUCUGCAUCCUGUAGUUAAAGUGUAACCACAGGAAUUGUUUGCACUUUUUCUACAAUGAAACAUUACAGCAGGUGAAGUGAGGAUCGAGUCAGUGAGUGACAUUGGAGCCAGGGAUGGGGACGAACAGCCAGAUCACCGUCAUGGAAACUGAAGACAUCCCAGCUCCUGCUCAGUGUAAUGAUGACACUGCAGUGUGUGUUGCUUCUGUGAAAGACUUAAAAGAAAACUGGCAGAAGUGGUCCAAUGAGCAACAGGAGUACCAGAAGCACAACCCCUUCAGUCACGACACCAGACCCCGUGUGGUGGUCCCCCAGAAGGGACAGGACGACUAUGGGAAGCCCCCGCAGGGCUCCUUGACUGAGCAGAGGGGGAAGGACGCUCACAUACACAUUAGCAGAGAGGUUCAGGAGCUAUGUGAGGCGAUAAAGAACAUUGGAGAGCCUGGAUUAAGAGACACGGAUGGAAGCGGCAUUGUUAGGACAGUGAUCACUGUAAGAUUUGGGAAACUGUUUGAACAUUAUGUGACUAUCUCUAAUAAACUGGUGGGCAUUCUUCUGCGAGCGAGGAAGCAAAGACUGGUUGACUUUGAAGGAGAGAUGCUGUGGCAAGGGAAGGAUGACCACGUAGUUAUCACUCUGUUGGAGUGAUGAGACUUAGAUUAACAUAUGUGCCUUCAUUUAUUACAUGCAACACAUGCAGUGAUAAAUAUACAGCUACUUCAUGGCACCACUCACUGUAGUUUUUAGAUAUCAAGGGGACUAUUAAUUGUGUUUGUAUACGUAUACAUAUUUUCUUUUUCUUUUUUUUUGCUUACACAAGUAAAAAUCUGAAAGAAAUGCACUGACAUGAGUUCAUCACAGUUACAUAUGCUGUUGAGAAUUUGGGUCAUAGGAGGUUAGCAGCAUUUGUCAGCAAUAAAAUAAGUCAUCAGCCCGUUGAUAUGUGAGUUUGCAACUCAAUUAAAAGCUCUACCAAAAGGCAAAACUAUUUGUCCCUAAGCUGCAGGUGUGUCAGUCAAAAAA